GCGGAAGUGUGUAUUCGUCAUUCAAAAGAGGCAACCGGAAGACAGACUGCGUGAUAUAUACAAACAACAAAUAGCGAAUAGCCAACAAAUCCAAAGACGCACCGUUAAUGGUGACAUGGAACAGGGACAACUCACAGUGAUCAUGGGAAGUCCUGCACAGAUCUCAAAACCGUGACACCCGUCAGUCUGCUCUCCAUAUCCUCCGCACCAUUUGUUCCUAUGACUUACUGAUGUGAGCCUGAGGGAUAAGUGGAGAAGAGUUCUCAGGAAAAAAUAAGGACAGAGCAUGUUGCCAAGCUUUACCUGGAGAUGCUUGCAGCCGGAUUAUCAUGAAGGAGCGGAGCUUUUGCAUCUCACAGUUGAGGAAGAUCAAUAACAGAGGAACCCAGACUCAUGAGGAGCCUGACAAAGGUCUACUGGACUUUACAUCAUUAAAAAAGAAGAGUUGCCAGGUAGGACAGAAGAAUGAAAGAGGAGAUUAAGGCGAGACAGACUAGAGAAGAUGAAGUGAAGGCUAAACUAAGGCAAACAGUUUGAUAGAUGGAAUGAGUAGUAGAGAGGCAGGCAGAAAUUAAAUUAAAUACUACCAUUAAAGAAAAGCCAGAAGAAGAUACCGCUCCAUGAGAGUAAAUGUCUAGAAGUAUCCAGAGAAUAGGUGAUCUCAGGUUUUGAAGAUCAGCAAAAAACAGUAUUCGCGAUGUUCAUGAACUUCCGUCGUAUUCACAAGUGCCAGUUUGUGCAGCUGCUGACCGCAUGCAUGGUGCUGUGUGUGGUGAUGGUCAGCUGGGAGGAGCUGGACCACCAUGUGGUCAGCCACAUGAAAUCCUACACGUACCGCUACCUGGUCAACAGCUACGACUUCCUCAACUCUGACUUCAACAUCACCUCCAACCGUCACAGAAAGGAUGGUUCUACUAACGUGUUGGUGACCUACCCGUACCUCAUCAACCGUCCAGGGAAAUGUGCAAGGAGAGAUGGGAAAAGCGUGGAUGACGUCCUCCUUCUUCUGUUUGUGAAAUCAUCGCCAGAGAACUUUGAGCGGCGCCAGGCCAUCAGGGACACGUGGGGGAAUGAGAGCUUUGUUUGGUCCGAACUGGGAGCCACCGUGCGGAUGGUGUUCGCCCUCGGUGUGGACGCAAAGCGGAGAUCCAGGGUGCAGAGAGCACUGCUACAGGAGGACCAGACCUACGGAGACCUGAUCCAGCAGGACUUUUUGGAUACCUUCCACAACCUCACAGCCAAACUGAUCACGCAGUUCCACUGGGUCCACGACUACUGCCCUCAGGCACGCUUCCUCAUGUCUGCAGAUGACGACAUCUUCGUCCACAUGCCCAAUUUGGUGAAGUACCUAAGGCAGCUUCUGAGUAAUAAAUCAGGGGUCAAAGACUUUUGGGUGGGGCAUGUACAUAGAGGAGCCCCUCCAGUUCGCCGCAAAGAAAGCAAAUACCACGUCCCCUAUGAUCUGUACCCCUGGCCUUCCUACCCGGACUACACGGCUGGAGCGGGGUACGUGGUUUCAGGAGAUGUGGCCGCUAAGAUCUACCAGGCCACUCAGGUGCUGAACUCCUCCAUUUACAUUGAUGACGUCUUCAUGGGGAUUUGUGCCAAAGCCAUGGGGGUCUCUCCCCAGGAGCAUGUGUACUUUUCAGGUGAGGGCAAGGCUCUCUAUCACCCCUGUAUCUAUGACCACAUGAUCACAUCGCACGGUCACGCCACAGACGUUCGGUCACUGUGGCAGGCAGCUACAGACCCUGCAGUGUACGGCAAGUCCAGAGGAUUUAUGGGUAAUCUGUACUGCACAGCGGUGAGGGCGAUGAUGCUGUGUCGGCCCUAUUACCAGAACUCUUACUCCUGUAUGGCUGCUUUUACAUAAAUGAUCCUCAGGUAACGCAAGGACUGCUUAAUGCAAAAUGUUUGCAGACAAAGAAAUGACGGAACUUUACUUGAACAGUCUGCCAUGCUGUUUUUCUUUAAUGUGAUAUGUAAGUGUUUACUUGGCUAACCUGCCACACACCACCAAUGCUACAGCUUGAGCCAAGCAGCACAGGGAUGAACUAUGCCAAUAUUUUAACAGUAUCAGUGCAGUGCCUUUUCAGUGGGGCAAGAUAUAGCAAAUAUGUGCCUAUCCUGCUAUUUGUGUUUAUUCUUUUAAACACACAGCGUUAAGAACAAAUCAAAAUGUGCCUAUAACUGUCAGUUGCAGCCCGAGCAUUAUUAUUGGUUUAACUACUAAUAGUAUAUUUUUAAAACAUUUUAAAAUGACCAUCUUGAACAGCUACAACAGUAAAAUACUUCUAGGCAGAUUGUGGAGGAUAAUGGGAGAAUGAAGCCAACCUCACGUAUGAAAGGCUUGCAAAUUUACAUUUCAAUCUUGAACAAUGAACAGCGGUAGACAGUAACAAAGUACAUUUACUUAAGUACUGUACUGCUCCACUCCCAUUCAGGCAAAUAGUGUACUUUAU